AGCUUUUAAUUGAUUCAUUACAUUUUAGCUUUCCUCACCGAUUGCCGAAAUUCUAACCCACCAUAGCACCCACCCCCCAAUCUCCUCUAACUGUACCCGCCGGCGACAUCCCAACGACGGUGGCGAUUUCAACACUAUAGUGGCGACAACACCAGCCAACACCGGCAGCCACUCCACAUCCACAACCCAUAACCACCGCCACACAACAGUGGUUGCCUGCUCAUCUCAUCAUUGAUCUCAACCCCCGAUUCCACAUCUCCGCCCUCUGUGGGAGUAAUGGAGUAUCAUCUUGUAAAGUUUUUGAAGUUUGCAAUCUCCAAUCCAACCCUGUAACAUGUUUCAACUGUUAUUCUUUGAAAAGGAAACGGCAAAACUAAAUAAAAUGCGGAGGGUUCUGGGGAAGAUUUCUGGGUUACUGAGCAAUCGAAAUAUGGUUGGAGUGGAUAAAACUGGAAACAAAUACUUCACCAAAAUGGAAGAGGUUGAUGGUAUCAUGAAAGAGAAAAGAUGGGUGGUGUUUAAGGGAGAGGAGGACCCUACCUCAAUUCCAGUUGAAUGGAUAUGUUGGCUGAACGGGCAACGCAAAAGAGCUCCAACUCCAGAGGAAAUGAUGGAAUUGGAAGCAAGGCGUGAACGCGUUAGACAAAAUGUUGCUCUUCUAAAGAAAGAAGAAGAGGAAAGGAGAGCCAAAGAAGGCAGUACAGGCAAACGUGUCAGCACUGGAAAGGUUGCUGGUCCAGACUUGAAAAGUUUUAUCCGGCAAAUUCCAGUUGGCUCAGAAGGUAGUGAGGUUGAAGAAUCAUCUGUUGCAAGGGGUAGCUUGAGGAGUACUCAAGAGAACAAAACUGAGAAAGAAAAAGUGGAACCUGAGUCCUCGGAGCCAACAGGAUCUGGUGCAACUUUUAGGCCAGGAACCUGGCAACCGCCAACUUGAGUUUUUGUUACAACAAAGAGGGGCCUUUUUGACAUCAACAUUCUUGUGUUAGCCUCAUGCUAUGUUUAUUAGAAAUUACAUGCUUGGUUUAUUUUCUUGCCAAAAUUUUUUUGACAAAUUUCUUCACAUACAAAAUUGUAGUAUUUCCUUGUUCAUUCAUAAACAUCAAUUCAACAAAUAUGAACACCAGAAUAACCCAACAUGAGGGUACAGCCGAAACAAUGGUGACCUAUGGAUUUAUGAUGCGGUAAGCUCUAAAAUCAAAGGACCAGAUAAGGGUAUUUCCUUUAGACAUCCAUUAUUUUCUGUCAUGGUGAAGGGACAACCAUUUGGUUACUUUAAAUCAGAUAAGGGUAUUCGUUAAGACAGAACAGGACACAUUGAUUCAAGAUCUUCAUAUCAACUGUAACUGUUCAACUAUUAGCUAUCUCUUAUUUGUUGAUGAUUCUAUAUUUGUUUGCAAGGCUUCCCAAUAAAAUUGUGUCAAUCUGUUGUCUUCUA